GAGGAGGCGGCGGCGGCGGCGGCGAAGAUGGCGGCCGCGGCUCAGGCGCUGAGUUGCUCCGGGCUGCUGCUGGCCGCCGCCGCCCUGGCGCUGCUGGCCGUGGCCAUCGGCACCGACUCCUGGUACGAGACGGACGCGCGGCUGCACCGCGAGCGCUGCCGCAGCUUCGGCCACAAGCGCAACGCCCACAGCAACAGCAACAACAGCGACCCGCCCGGCUCCAUGUCGGCGCCCAGCCCGCACCUGCCGCUCCGAGCCCGCCCGCCCAGGGCCCUGCUCCCCGGGCAAACCUCGCCGCCGCCGCCGCCCUCGGCAGCGCAGCCGCUGCUGCUCCCCGGGGCCGCCGCCGUCGCCGCCGCCGCUUUGGCGCUGGAAUCGCACUGCGGCCGCCGCUUCAACUCCACCGUCUCCGGCCUCUGGCGGCGCUGCCACCGCGCGGGUUUCGAGCCCGACAGCGAGGAGCUCAUCCAGAAAGGAGUCAUACAGCGUUGCACAUCUGUGAAGUAUCACUACACUUCAUCUUCCCUGCCACGCAACUUGCCUGUCAAUAUUACCAACACUAUCCGCCAGGAUGAGUGGCAUGCCCUCCAUCUGCGGAGAAUGACAGCUGGCUUUAUUGGUAUGGCAGUUUCCAUCAUUCUCUUUGGGUGGAUCAUUGGUAUGCUGGGCUGCUGUAAACAGCAUGAGCUCAUGCAAUAUGUAGCUGGACUGCUCUUCCUUAUGGGAGGUACCUGCUGCAUCAUCUCCCUUUGCACAUGUGUGGCUGGGAUAAACUUUGAGCUGUCUCGUUACCCUCGCUAUGUCUAUGGGUUACCAGAGGACAUCAGUCAUGGCUAUGGCUGGUCCAUGUUCUGUGCUUGGGGAGGCUUGGGACUGACACUUCUGGCAGGAUUCUUAUGCACAUUGGCACCCUCUCUCAAUAGCCCCCGGACUGUUGUACAGAAACCCAGACAGGAAAAUGGUACUGUGUGAUGAGAAGGGAGCAAAGGACUCUAGCAAGCACAGGCCAGGCCAGGUCCGGCAGUGGGUUACUGCCAAUAGUGGGGGCAUCUGAAAUUCAUAAAGAAGGGAGGUUCCCACUGCAAACAAACGAAGGAAUUCAGCUGCUAUGUCGAAGACUUGGGGGGGGGGACCCCUCCCUUCCUUUGAUUCUUCAGCCUGCCUGUCUGAUACAACCAACCAAAUCAGGUUAAUUCUUUAUUCCUGGCUUGCCUAAAGGGAACUUUUCUGUUAAAUAGGGUGUAUUGCUGUAGGAUCUGUGUACCAUUUAAGCUGAAUCAGAUUUCUGCUAGGAGCAGAAGCCACUGUGAAUUCCCUUUGGCAUCCUUGUGACUCCAGGGAACUCCAUUUCCAAGAAUCUUUGAGGACCAGUCAGAGGUAAAGACCAAAGGGAAGUCCAGCCAGUCUCAGUAUUCAUAGAAUCAUAGUUGGAAGGGACCCCGAGGAUCAUCUAGUCCAACCUGAAUAUGCAGCCGUCCCACAGAGGGAUUGAACCCGCAACCUUAUCAGCACCACGCUUUAACCAACUGAGCUAUCCUAUUGAUUCUCUUCUGCAGCAGAGACCUGAUGCUGUUACAGGCUUAACACAGCCUACUGCUUCAGCCUUUGACACCAGCUUAAGUGGGGGCUUUAUAGACAUUCAGACAGGAACAUUAGCAAGUUCUUCCUCUGGACCACACAGUAUCUAACCUAUGCCAGUUCUGGAAGCCAAAUAUGUAUAGCAGUAGCUCAUGAAAGGUUACUUCUGGGAUAACACGUAGGGAGUUAGAGCAAGCAGCAAAUAAAUGAGACUUCAGUGCUUGAGGAAUUCUUCCACAAAGGCACCAGGCCUGAGUUAGCGUCAAGAUAACUCACACUUGCAUACAGAAAAGCAUUUUUGGGGAUGGCAGGGAUGGCUGAACCUAAUUAAGUUAUUUAGUCACUUGUGAUAUUCCUGCUUGAAGUAACACAAAGAACAAAACAACAGGUUUCUGGGUGAGGCCAGAAAGUGGACCAGGGCUCCCAUCCUAGAAAUGAUGUUGUCAUAGCAACUGCUGUAAUAGGCAAAUGAGAUCUGCAAGCUGCUUCAAAUCGUUCCAGGCUGAGUGUAGAACUUUACCAUUUUGGAUAAUGAGCACAGAAACUUGAAAAGACAGCCCACUUGGUAGCAUCCUCUUCUAACAGAAAAGGAAGCACUUUUUAUUAAAUGGACUCGGUACGCACGUGAACAACGAGAGCUGGGCCUAACUCAGGAACAUCAACAAUGGUGCUGAAGGGGAGGAACUGGUCUUUCCUCAUUGUACUCCUUUUCUGUCUCCUCAAAAGACUACACAGAAGCCUUUUUUGGAGGGCUGUUUACAUUGUAUUUUUAAGUGGCAUGUAAUUAAUAACUCAGUGCUAAAGUCAAUGUAUUCAUGGAAAGUGUGAUUUUUAAAUGGAAGUUGUAAGUUUCAAGAGGCAUUAAAUUAAAAGGCUUGGUUCCAGUGAGAGGCUGGAGAUUCUCAGCCUUUUGGAUCUCAUUAA